CGAGGGGAGUCCUGGCCACACCUGCGGAUUAGAUAGGAGGCAGGGAGGGAAGAACACCUCACCGCUGCACUGCUCCUUCGCGGCGCUGCUUCUCUCCCUCUCCCGGCUCCCCUCCUCCCCCGCGCCGCGAUGAACACGGCCAUGGCCACCACUUCCUUAUCCCUCCAAGGCCGCCCUUCCCAUGCCCCCACCAGGAAGCUCUCCUCCCCGUUUCUCGGCGCCCCCGCGUCCUUCCUCCGGCCGCUGGCGCCCGCGCCCGCCGCCGCCCCCUCCUCGCGGCGGACUCUCGCCGUCAGGGCCAUGGCGCCGCCCAAGCCGGGAGGCAAGGCCAAGAAAGUGGUGGGCCUUAUAAAGCUGGCCCUCGAGGCCGGCAAGGCGACGCCGGCGCCGCCCGUCGGCCCGGCGCUCGGUGCCAAGGGUGUCAACAUCAUGGCGUUCUGCAAGGAGUACAAUGCCAAGACGGCCGACAAGCCCGGCUACAUCAUCCCCGUCGAGAUCACCGUGUUUGAUGAUAAGAGCUUUACCUUCGUCUUGAAGACCCCUCCGGCUUCGGUCCUGCUACUCAAGGCUGCAGGUGUCGAAAAAGGUUCGAAAGAGCCACAACGAGCGAAGGUGGGAAAAGUAACGGCGGAUCAAGUGCGUGCAAUAGCUCAAGAGAAGUUGCCAGACUUGAACUGCAAGAGCAUCGACUCUGCUAUGAGGAUCAUCGCUGGCACCGCCGCUAACAUGGGCAUCGAUAUCGAUCCUCCAAUCCUUGUGAAGAAGGAAAAGGUCCUCUUGUAGUUUGUUUUGCUGGCACACGCAGAUCAUCCCACCAAUGGCCAUUUGUAGAUUAUGCUUUCCUUUUUUGCUCGUCAAUUCGCUGUGCCUACUUGAAGCGUUUUCCUCUGGUUCCAGUGACCUUGUUCCACAGUCUUACCAUCUGGUGUAGGAGCUUCAACUUUUCCUUGCCAAAUCCAUGUAAAAGGGGUAUCCCAAGCCAUUGGGCACCCAAAUUGUCUUGGGAGAUCUUCUCUGUAUAUCACGUCAGAAAUGGGCCCUUGGGCCUUGGGCCGUGGCCUUUUGCACCAUUACAGUUGCCUAGCACAAUUGGUCCGAAGAGAGCAGGGUGUUACAUUUUGAGAAUUACUGUACAUCAAGACCUAACGGCGCCCACAAGGCCACAAUUGCAGUAACAACAUAUAACUAUUGUGUCA